AUGAAGGGCUUAGCCAUCCAGAUUCUAACGGGAAGAUGGUUCAUGUUCUUUGGGAGUCUUUUAAUCAUGUCAACGGCUGGAGCCAAUUACAUGUUCGGUAUCUACUCAGGCGAUAUCAAGAAGACCUUAGGUUAUGACCAAACCACUCUUAAUGUGAUUGUAUUUGUAGGUUGGUUGCCGGCAAUAGUAUCGUUUGCGUUUUUAAGAACGAUAAGAUUAAUGAAAGUGACGAGACAGACGAACGAGCUAAAGGUGUUGUACAACUUUCUCUACAUAUCGCUCGGGCUCGCGACGUUUCUCAUGGUAGUCAUCAUCACAAACAAGCUCUCCGGCUUCACACAUAGUGAGUUUAGAGGUAGCGUCGCCGUGAUGAUGGUCUUGCUUCUUUUGCCCAUCAUAGUUGUCGUCUUGGAAGAGAAGACGCUUUGGACGGAGAAACAAGUCGCCUUAAACAAUCCAGCACCGGUCAACAUCGUCACUGAGAAAUCCAACUUACAAGAUUCUUCAGAGGUUAAAGAAGAAGAUGAAGUGUCGUCAGACAAGGAGGAGGAGGAGGAGAGGGUGAGAACGGCGUUGUUUAGCAUAGACAUGUUGAUCUUGUUCUUAGCAACGAUAUGUGGUGUAGGAGGGACCUUGACGGCUAUAGACAACUUGGGUCAAAUCGGGAGCUCGUUUGGUUAUCCAAAGAGAAGUGUAAGCACGUUUGUUUCACUCGUAAGUAUAUGGAAUUACUAUGGUCGUGUGGUUUCAGGUGUGGUCUCUGAGAUCUUCUUGAUAAAAUACAAAUUCCCAAGACCAUUAAUGCUCACAAUGGUCCUUCUUUUGUCCUGUGCUGGUCACCUACUCAUCGCUUUUAAUGUUCCCGGUGGACUCUACGUCGCAUCAGUCAUCAUAGGGUUUUGUUGCGGCGCGCAACUGCCGCUUAUACUUGCUAUAAUUUCCGAGGUUUUUGGUCUAAAGUACUAUGCAACAUUGUAUAACUUCGGGUCACUCGCGACCCCGAUCGGGUCUUACUUGCUAAAGGUUUGGGUAGCAGGGUAUUUGUACGACGUGGAGGCGGCUAAGCAAAAUAAGGCAUUAGGGAACACGAGUACGGAUGGGAAAGAUUUGAAUUGCAUAGGCACUUCUAAUUUUAAGUUGUCUUUUAUAAUAAUUACUGCCAUAACGUUGUUCGGUGCAUUGGUCUCGAUGGUUUUGGUGAUCCGAACCAAGAAGUUUUACAAGAGUGAUAUCAAGAAAAGGUUUAGAGAAAAAACCCUGACGGCCGAGAUGGAGGUGGCAGCGCCAGCUCGAGCCAGAUCCACCGUGGCGGAUGCUUAA